CCGGCUGCGUCGGGGGGCAGGCUAGUGUACAGCCUCAGCGCGAGCGAAGCCGGAUUAUUGUCACGAGGGGCAGAGAGAGAGAGAAAGAGAGAAGGAAAGACGGAAAGGAACAAAGAAAGAGGGCGAGAGCGCGCGCUCCGUGGUUCAUUCUGUUCACAUAAUGUGGACGAGUCCAUGCAGAGAGAGAGAGAGAGAGAGAGAGAGAGUGAGUGUUUUUAACCGCGGAAAGCAUGUUCACACUGCAGCUGGGAAAAGUUCAUCUGAUCCUCCUGCACAAGACUGAACGGAGAAAAUGUCGGAGCGAGCAGCUGAGGGGAUCAUUCUCCCAGGCAUAAUGCAGCGUGGUGGUUCAGACUUGUGUCUGGAGCUUGAGAGCGACACGGCCGUUCGGGAUGGAGCACGUCCUCGGCUGGGUCUCGACAGCCUGCAGCAGAAGAUGCUGAAGGUGACUGAGCAGCUGCGUAUCGAGCAGGCCUUGAGGGAUGAGAAUGUAGCCGAGUACCUGAAGCUCAUCGAUACUGCAGACAAGCAGCAAAGCAGUCGCAUCAAGCAUGUGUUUGAGAAGAAGAACCAGAAGUCUGCGCAGUCCAUCGCGCAGCUGCAGCGCAAACUGGAGCAGUACCACCGGAAGAUCAAGGAGUGUGACACAGCCGCGUCAGCCAACGGCACCAAACAGGCACAGACGCCUGGCAAAGAAGUUAAAGAAGCAAAAGAAGCAUCCAGGGAUAGCCUAAAGGACUGUGUCAAGGAGACGGGGGCCAAAGCAAUCGGCCGAAACCAGCAUUUGGACAAGGUGAAGACUGUCGGCCCAGGAGUCUCGCUCUCGCCACCGUUCUUCUUCAACAAGUCGCGAGGUUUCGCCAGCCUCAUUCGCAACAAAUUCGGCAGCGCCGACAACAUUGCACACUUAAAGAGCACAAUGGAGACGGGGGGCGGGCUGAGAGCAGAGGGUGCAGGGCGGGCGCUGAGUGGCAGUGCAACGCUAACAAGCAAACCCAAGUAUCCCAGCGACGACGAAUGCUCAACAGGCACAUCAGCAUCCGCGGAGAGCAGUGGGCACGGCGUGCAACCCGAGGUGGUGCAGGUGGAGAGCGGGAGCAGAUUGAGCGAAGCUCUGGAGGAGGUGAGGGAGCUCAAAGAGUCACAAGGGCACCUCACCGAGGACAUCGAGAGCCUAAGGAGCCAGGCCAAACGUAAUUACGGCUUCAUUUCACAGAUGCUGCAGGAAGAGCGGUACAGGUGUGAGCGGUUAGAGGAUCAGCUGAACGACCUAACCGAGCUGCAUCAGAACGAGACCACUAACCUGAAGCAGGAGCUGGCCAGCAUCGAGGAGAAAGUAGCGUACCAGGCCUACGAGCGAGCCCGUGACAUGCAGUCUUGCUUUCCUGCGAUGGUCUUCAUGAGAGCCAGUUUCAUCAUGGAGGCACUGGAGGCAUGUCAGACACGUCUCAGUAAGCUGGAGUUGCAGCAACAGCAGCAGCAGUUGGUGCAACUGGAGAGCGCAGAUGCCAAGGUGCUCCUGGGAAAGUGCAUCAAUAUCAUGUUGGCCAUCGCCACGGUGAUCCUGGUGUGCGUGUCCACUGCGGCCAAGUUCACAGCACCGCUCCUGCGCAGCCGGCUGCAUGUGCUUGCGACUCUGGCGUGCGUGUGUUUGCUUGCACUUGGCUGGAGCCACUGGGACCAGGUUCAAUAUGUGGUGGAGCAAAUCCUACUGACCAGAUGAAGAUUACCUGUGUGUGUGUGUGUUUGUGUGUGUCUGUGCGUGUUUUUAGACUGUGACUUGGGACAUUUUAACUGUUCAGAUAUUAACUCUAAAUCUUGUCUUUUAUGUGUUGCGUGCAUUUAUGUUUAUGUGCAACAGAUCUGUGUAGGAGGUGUUUCCAUCUCAGUAACUGUACUGUAUUGUGUGCUCCGGUUCACGCGCCCCGGUCUCUCAUGCAAAUUUGCAAGGGAACCUGAGACCACCAACCUCAUGAGUCUAAUGAGGUUAAUAAUUUCUUUGUGGUCACAUUAUGCAUUCCAAAGUAGAAAUCAUUGGUUAAUUUCUAAUGUUUACUUGGUGGGUUUGAGCUCGCCUUAGGUUAACUCUAACCACAAGCAGCUGAGUCAGCGAAUAAAGCAAAUGUAGCAAGCGAUAUCUACUGUGUUAAAUGUGUACCUGUAACUAGGAUCCAAGUGGAUUGGUGUACACGUUUUAAACUAAGAAAUGUUAAUUAAGCGUUAUUUAAAAAAGGAUGCAGAAUAAGGCCAUACACGGUCUGAUAAUUCCUUUGAUCAACUGAUCAGUGAAGUAAUUAAUCUGGUGUUUGAGCAGCAUUUACAUUUGUAAACUUUGAAGCAGUAAUACAACACCCAAGUUUGGCAUCAUGCAAAUAUGAAUAGCUUUAAUUAAUGUUUUUCUCACUUAAUUCCCUUUGAAGUUUGUCUAUGGAGUUUUAAAUAAAAAAAAAAACAGGAAUUUUUAUUAAUUUUAAUUAAAUCAUUUCUGCAUGAUCGAAUGCCUCAAGCGCUAGCAAUGAUCAGGCUGGCUACUACACUCAGUUGGUGUACAUACAUUAAAUUCACCGGGACAUUGUGUACCAGCAGUGAUUGUCUCCUUCUGGACCACUUUUCCUUUAGAGCAGGAAAAAAAAAAAAAAUCAAAGCUCAGCACAUACCAGCUGUCUGAAAUGCAUUAUAAGUGAUGCUCAAUUUCACCUGUGCACAGAAAGCAAACACUUUUGUGUAUGUGUGUGUGUGUGUGUGUGUGUGUGUAUGUGUGUGUGUGUGUGCGCCUGUUUGAGUGUUUUAGCCUGGGAUUCACCAUUGGAAAGUUGAGCUGUACAGAAUAAUAGAAUGAAAUAUAGGACUUUAUAAAUGAAGGUUUUAAGGACUAUUUUUAUACCUCCGUUAUCCAGAAACUGUUUUGAUGAGUCUGUGAAUACAAUGAUUACUAUCGUA